ACCUUACGCCUGAUGGAGCAUUAAGCCUGAAUGCUGUGGGCAGCCGUGGCCUCAGAGUCACUGUGUAUGUGUGUGUAAAGGGGCACAGUGCUGCUUCGGUUCCUCCCCUGCUUUCUGGGAUUUUUCCUCCUUCCAGAGAAUUGAGAAUUACUUGCUACAACUCUGGGAGCUGGGUCAGCGGGCAUUGUUCCAAACCCAGACGCUAAUCUGCUCUUGGUUCGCUUUGGAUACAUUAGAGAUGGUCUUGUGGAUGCAUUCCCUAACCUAACCUUAGCCUUUUUUUGUCGUGCUGCGUUGGAGGGGGAGGAGAGGCGAGUUGGAUGUAUAUUUUCUGGAUUUGGAUAUUGCAAAAGGUUACAUAUUCCACACGGAGAAGCUGGAUAAGAUGGUGCCCCUGCAAAAAAGGGAUCAGUUUGACAAUUUGGAGAAGCAUACACAGUGGGGGAUCGAUUUUGUGGAGAAGUACACCAAAUUUGUCAAGGAGAGAUCAGAGAUUGAAAACAACUAUGCAAAACAAAUUAGGAAUUUAUCAAAGAAGUAUCAACCCAAGAAGAACUCACGAGAAGAGGAAGAGAGCAAGUACACCUUCUGUCGAGCCUUCCUGACAUCGCUUAAUGAGUUAAAUGACUAUGCGGGUCAACACGAAGUUAUAGCGGAGAACCUGACAUCUCAAAUCAUCACCGAGCUUUCGCGCUACCUGCAGGACCUUAAGGCCGAGAGAAAAUCGCACUUCCACGAUGGACGCAAGGCACAGCAGCACAUUGAGAGCUCGUGGAAACAGCUGGAAACGUGUAAAAGAAGGUUUGAGAGGGACUGUAAAGAGGCAGACAGAGCACAGCAAUACUUUGAGAGGAUGGAUGCGGACAUUAACGUGACUAAAGCUGACGUGGAAAAGGCACGACAGCAAGCGCAGGUGAGGCACCAGAUGGCCGCUGACAGUAAGAGUGACUACUCCUCCUACCUGCAAAAGUUCAACCAGGAGCAGAAUGAACAUUACUUUACAGUUAUUCCCAACAUAUUCCAGAAACUUCAAGACAUGGAAGAGAGAAGAAUUGACAGGAUAGGAGUGUGCAUGAAGACGUUUGCAGAUGUGGACCGCCAAGUGCUGCCCAUCGUGGGGAAAUGUUUAGAGGGCAUGACGAAAGCCGCCGAGUCCAUUGAGCCCAAGACGGACUCUAAGCAGGUGGUGGAGUCCUAUAAAUCCGGGUUUGAGCCCCCAGGAGAUGUGGAGUUUGAGGAUUAUGGCCAGGCCAUGAAGAGGACGGUGUCUGACACCAGCCUGUCCAACUCCAAAGAGGCCAGGGAGAAGCCUGCUGGCAAGAGCAAAGGCAAACUGUGGCCUUUCAUUAAGAACAAGAACAAGCUUAUGUCCCUGUUAACGUCCCCCCACCAGCCCCCACCUGCCCCCCCAGCCUCAUCCCCGCCCUCACCCUCUGCUGUUCCCAACGACCCCCAGUCUCCCAAGCAGCAAAAGGAGCCCCUCUCCCACCGCCUCAACGACUUCAUGAGCUCCAAACCCAAAAUGCACUGCCUCCGGAGCCUGAGGCGAGGGCUUUCUCUGAAGCUGAUCACACUCAAUUCCCACGUCCGGAAUCUCAUUGAGGGCUCUGGACCAGAGGACUUCAGCCACCUGCCACCAGAACAGAGGAGGAAGAAGCUGCAGGGCAAGAUAGAUGAACUGAAUAAGGACAUUCAGAAAGAGAUGGACCAGAGGGACGCUUUAACUAAGAUGAGGGAUGUGUACGUGAAGAACCCUCAGAUGGGAGACCCGGCCAGUGUAGACCCCCGGCUAUCAGAAAUAGGCCAGAACAUCGAGAAGCUCCAGUUUGAAGUGCAGAAAUUUGAGGGCUGGUUAGCAGAGGUGGAGGAGAGGAUGCCAUCCAAGAGUGAUACGCACCGGAGAAGUGGACUCUUUGAGACCCAGAACAACACCACAGUGAGCAACAACUGUGCGCAGGACAGAGAGAGGCCCUUGAGCAGCCCGGAUGGCAGCUACACAGAGGAGCAGAAUUCAGAGACUCAGGUCAAAGCCAACAUCAAUCCCAUCCUCCCCACCUCCUCCACCCCAGAGUUCGACGACGAGUUUGACGAUGAGGAGACCCUGCCCACCAUAGGGACCUGCAAAGCCUUGUAUCCAUUUGAAGGUCAUAAUGAGGGCACUAUCGCUGUGGCAGAGGGCGAGCUGUUGUACGUGAUAGAAGAGGACAAAGGAGACGGCUGGACACGAGUGCGCCGGAACGAGGACGAAGAGGGAUACGUCCCCUCAUCCUACGUUGAGGUCUUUUUGGAAACAAAUGCCAAAGGUGCUAUGACAUACAUUUAACUCAGCAAGUGUGUUGUUGUUACUGUGAGUCAAUUAUUUUCUAUUCACUGCUGUAUGAGUGAGGCAAAUUAUGGAGAUUACAGAUUGUUACUGGUAGCUCAGAUAAGAGAAUAUCCUCCUCACCCAACACGCAGAUUUGUCCAUUGUGCCUCAUGACAGUUGGGAAAGUUGUUGCUGAUAGUGUGAGUGUAUCACUGUAGGCUGGUUUUUUGAGCUCCGAACAAAACAUUUGCUAAUGUUUAGGUGAUGACACUGAAUGUGGGCUGAGCCAGGAGGAGGAUGUGUAAGACUUGUGUAAAGAAGACUCUUUUAGUUCCUUACCUCUCAUUCAAUGCAGUGCCACCUAGUGGACAUACAAAAUAAA